CAAAGUCUUAGAACUUGUAUCCGGUAAGAAAUAGAGAUCCAAAUGGAUCAAUUCCCACAACAUGGCGAACUCCAAAAUUUGCCCAGUAAACACAUCAUUCACCGUAAUGCCUUGUCGGAGCUAACCUGACAUGAAAACAAAAGGAUCACUUGUUUCCUCUUUCAAUUUCUCACAUGGUUUCUCUCUCCAAUGCCCUCACUCUCUCCCCCACCUCGUCCAAAUCCCAGAAACCGGUUCUCCAAGAAACCCCCCUGUCUGAUAAAACCCUUUCUCAAUCUCAAUUCUCGAGGCCACCUUUCCCAGGCAAUCUCUUCUCUCGAGUUGUUAACAAGAAAGGGCAUUCGCUUACCUUCUCAAACUCUAGCUUCUCUCUUACAACGAUGCGCAAAAACCAAGUCUCUCAAAGAAGGCAAAUUUCUACACCUUCAUUUAAAACUAACCGGACUCAAAAGCCCCAACACUUUUUUAUCCAAUCAUUUGAUCAAUAUGUAUUCUAAUUGCGGCGAUUAUAUCGGCGCUCGCAGAGUGUUCGAUAAAAUGGGUGGUAGAAAUUUAUAUUCUUUUAAUAAUAUGUUAUCUGGGUGUGCUAAAUUGGGCAUGAUAAAGCCUGCUAGGAAGUUGUUUGAUCAAAUGCCUGAAAGGGAUGUCGUUUCGUGGAAUACUAUGGUGAUUGCUUACGCUCAAAGCGGGUUUUUUGAGGAAGCGUUGAGGUUUUACAAGGAGUUAAGGAAUUUGCGUAUUGGAUACAAUGAGUUUAGUUUUGCUGGUGUUUUGACCGUUUGUGUUAAGUUGAGAGAAUUGCAGCUUACUAGACAGGUUCAUGGCCAGGUUCUCGUUUCUGGGUUUUUGUCAAAUUUGGUGAUUUCGAGUUCUGUUGUUGAUGGUUAUGUGAAAUGUGGGAUGAUGGGGGAGUCUAGGAGGUUGUUUGAUGAGAUGAAAGUGAAGGAUGUGCUUGCUUGGACGACUUUGGUUUCAGGGUAUGCUCAAUGGGGAGAUAUGGAAUCAGCUAAUGAUUUGUUUGAUAAGAUGCCUCAGAAAAAUCCAGUUUCUUGGACAGCUUUGAUCUCGGGGUAUGCUAGAAAUGGUAUGGGGAAUAAGGCGCUUGAAUUGUUUGCAAGGAUGAUGGUGUGUCGAGUUAGACCUGAUCAGUUUACGUUUAGUAGUUGUCUUUGUGCUUGUGCUAGUGUAGCUUCACUUACACAUGGUAAACAAAUACAUGCCUGUUUGAUACGAACUAAUUUUAGGCCAAACAUGAUAGUUAUCAGUUCUCUCAUUGAUAUGUAUUCAAAAUGUGGCAGUCUCAAAGCCGGCAAACGGAUUUUUGAUCUAACGGAUAGUAAGGGGGAUCCUGUACUGUGGAACACAAUGAUUUCUGCAUUGGCACAGCAUGGGUAUGGUGAAGAGGCAGUGAAAAUGUUUGAUGACAUGGUAAAACAAGGGGUGAAGCCAGAUAGGACCACUUUUCUUGUUAUUGUCAAUGCAUGUAGCCACUCUGGUCUUGUUCAGGAAGGAAUUAGGUAUUUUGAAUGCAUUUCGUCUAAUUAUGGCAUAAUUCCUGAUCAACAGCAUUAUGCAUGUUUAAUUGAUCUCUUGGGUCGAGCUGGUUGUUUCGACCAGCUGAUAGACCAUCUGGAAAAGAUGCCAUGUAAGCCUGAUAGCCGGGUUUGGAAUGCAUUACUUGGUGUUUCUAGAAUCCAUGGAAAUAUAGAACUGGGAAAAAAAGCAGCUGAGCAACUUAUUGAGUUGGAGCCUCAGUCCUCCACAGCAUAUGUAUUGCUUUCAAGUAUAUAUGGCGCACUUGGGAAGUGGGAAUUGGUUGAGAAGGUGAGACACCUUAUGAAUAAAAGACAAGUUAGGAAAGAGGUAGCUCUUAGUUGGAUAGAACUUGAAAAUAAAGUGCACACUUUCACUGUAUCGGAUACCUUGCACCCUUUGAAAGGAGCAAUAUACUCAAUCUUGGAUCAGUUAGCUGGUCAGCUGGAUGAAGAUGCUUCAUUGUUUGAGAUUGAAAGUACAAGUUAGCCACUUUCAUCUUUGCUGGGAUUAUUUUCUGGGAGACCCGCAAGAGUCAGUUUUUCAUUUUUUCUGUCUGUAUCAUUUUUUCUUCAGCCUUUUUGUAUUGGAGGCAAUUCUAGCAUCAAAGGUUUAAUUGUUUUUAGAUUCUGUAGAGUUGAAUCUUUCACAAGGAUAUUCGUAUAUCUAUUGAGGUUUCAUUCCAAAUGUUUAGAUUGUUCACAACGGGCAAGAUGUUAUGCUUCCUUGUAAGCAAUUGUUUCAUCCAAGUGUUAAUUGAAU